CCUCGGGCAGCGGCGCCAAACUCAGAAUUAUCCGCCGCUCGCCCACUGCACAAGCGACAGAAACACCGCGGGCCAACGCAACCUUAGCAUCGGUGGCGUCACAGUGAUUGACGGCGCGCUGAGCCAACGGCGUGGAGCGAGCUGCCUGGGGACUGGGUGGCGGCUGACCACUGACGGGAGCGCGGGGGCGGGACUUCCAGGCCGGAGUUAGGUUGCGCGCCGGCCUAUGACGGGAUCCAUUCGGGUGUCAUGUCGGCCGCCGCUUCGCUCCGCCGCUCAGUCCUGGCUACAAAAUGGCGCCCACUGGACUCGGCAGCCGUCGGCUUCCCGCUCAACUCUGAGGGAAGGAUCUGUUCUCGUGUUCACGACUAGUCCGCUGGGAGUCUUUUGGAAACCUGUUGGUUGAACCUGCAGAAGAUUAGUCUGUUUAUCCACUGACUUAAGAGUAAUUGGGCUCGGUGCUGUUUUGAUGGAUAGUUUUGACUAGCAAACAUGUUGCAGAUGCCAACGUCAAAGCAUAUUCUGGUCUUUCCUUUGGUGAAUUGUUUAAUUUCUCAGGAAGAGCUUUUGCAUCAUGGCUUGGAAUUGCUUGAACAUGGGGAGGAGGAAUAACUGAUUUGCCUAGCAUCUUGAUUGAACAACUUAUGGUCAACCAUGGUAAAACUUGCAAACCCACUAUACACUGAAUGGAUUCUAGAAGCUAUCCAGAAGGUGAAAAAGCAAAAGCAAAGACCAUCAGAAGAGAGAAUUUGUCAUGCAGUGUCAUCUUCACAUGGAUUAGAUAGAAAGACUGUUCUGGAGCAGUUAGAGCUUAGUGUGAAAGAUGGUACUAUACUUAAAGUUACAAACAAAGGGCUUUCAUCCUACAAGGAUCCAGAGAAACCUGGACGUUUUACACCUAUUAAGCCUUGCAGUGUUUCAAAAUCCACACAAGGGUGUACAUCCAGAAAUUGUAUUGAUAUAAGUAACGUGGACUGGAAUAAGAUAAUCAAGAGAGCACUUGAAGGAUUGGCAGAACCAAAUGGUUCCUCACUAAAGAACAUAGAGAAGUAUUUGAGAAGCCAGAGUGAUUUGGUUACUAUUACCAGCAGUUCCACCUUUCAACAGCGGUUGAGAUUGGCCACCAAGCGUGCUGUGAAUAAUGGGAGAAUAUUAAAGGAUGGUCCACUUUACAGAGUGAAUUAUGGGAGUGCAGGAGGCAAGGGAGCAGCAAAAUACAAUAAUUCUUCUCCUUCAUCUCUCCUCCCAGUCAACCAUCUUCCUCACGAAAAAGAAAAGCCCCGUGCAAAUCCCUUUCCAAUCUGCAGUUUUUGCUUGGGGACAAAGGAAUGCAAUCGAGAGAAAAAGGCUGAAGAUCUCAUCUCUUGCGCUGACUGUGGUAGCAGUGGGCACCCAUCAUGUUUAAAAUUCUCUCCAGAGUUAACAGCCCAUGUGAAAACCUUAAGAUGGCAAUGUAUUGAAUGCAAGACUUGCAGUGCUUGUCGAGAUCAAGGAAAAAAUGCUGAUAACAUGCUUUUCUGUGACUCCUGUGAUCGAGGAUUUCACAUGGAAUGUUGCGACCCACCACUAUCCAGAAUGCCAAAAGGAAUGUGGAUCUGUCAAAUAUGCAGGCCAAAGAAAAGGGGAAGAAAAUUGCUGCAUGAGAAAGCUGCUCAGAUCAAACGUCGUUAUGCAAAACCACUGGGACGUCCCAAAAAUAAAUUAAAGCAAAGAACCAUAUCUGCGGACAGUGAUGGAGGAUCCUUGACAGUGGACACAGGAAGGUGGUCACCUGACAAAGAAACAAAAAAUAUCAAAAAGGAAAGCACAGAUGAAAGUGUAGCCUGCCAUCAAGAUAAUGUGACAGAAGAGGACUUGGAAAUGUUCAAGCAAGCUCGACAUUUAUCGCUCCAGAAAACAGGAGUUAUUACCACUGUGGACCCCCACAGCCGAUACCCAUCUAUAAUUGAAUUUGGGAAGUAUGAAAUCCAUACCUGGUAUUCGUCGCCAUAUCCACAGGAGUAUGCAAGGCUACCAAAGCUUUACCUAUGUGAGUUUUGUCUGAAGUACAUGAAGAGUCGGAACAUUUUACAGAGGCAUGCAAAAAAAUGUGGCUGGUUCCAUCCACCUGCUAAUGAAAUAUACCGGAAAAACGAUCUGUCAGUAUUUGAGGUUGAUGGAAACAUCAGUAAGAUCUACUGCCAAAACCUCUGUCUACUAGCCAAGCUUUUUCUGGACCAUAAGACACUUUACUAUGAUGUUGAACCAUUUCUUUUCUAUGUAUUGACUAAAAAUGAUGAAAAGGGCUGUCAUCUUGUUGGCUACUUCUCCAAGGAAAAGCUUUGCCAGCAGAAGUACAAUGUCUCCUGCAUAAUGAUUAUGCCCCAGUACCAAAGGCGAGGCUUUGGAAGGUUCCUGAUUGAUUUCAGUUACUUACUUUCAAGGCAAGAAGGGCAGGCAGGAUCACCUGAGAAACCCCUGUCUGACUUGGGACGGCUUUCAUAUCUGGCAUACUGGAAGAGCGUGAUACUAGAGUAUCUGCAACGGCAUCAGGACAAGCAAAUCAGUAUCAAGGGUAUUAGCAGGGAAACGGGAAUGUGCCCACAUGACAUUGCAAUGACUCUACAGCAGCUCAAGAUGAUCGACAAACAGCAAUGCAAGUUUGUUAUAAUCCGGAGGCAAAAACUUAUUCAGGAACAUGUAGGAAAGCUGCAUACCAAUCCACGUGUCAAUGAAGUGGACGAAGAAAGCCUGCGGUGGACUCCAUUAGUUGUUCCCAGUGCUGCUACUUCAGAAGAGGAGAUGGAGGCUGAAAAAGAGGCUGAGCAACUGAUGGAACAAGCUAGCUGCUGGGAGAAGGAACAAGAGCAGUAUACUGAAACGCAGACCAAUAUGCAUUCCGUUAAUAAUGCACCAUGUAGAAACAGGUUUUCACAGUCUGUGUCUCCACCUGCCAAUAGUGAAUUGAUAGUGGAGCCUCCAAAUGAAAUCAGUGAAGAGGAAGAUGAAGAUGAGAAUGAUGAAACCCAGCCCUGUUCAUCACCAGGCACAGCAAAGUCCCUGUUCAGAGGGCCAAAGAGGAAGAGGCCACUCAUACACAGAAAGAAGAGGGGGCGGAAGCGGCGGAGGCACAACAGCAGCGUUACCACUGAGACUAUUUCAGAAACAACGGAGGUACUUCAUGAAGCCUUUGAGAACUCUGAUAAUGAGGGUCAAAUGCCUUGCUUGGAACCUACUUGUGAAGAAGAGGAGAAUUAUGAAUGUGACGAUGAAAACAAGAAUUACUUCAGGCAUCGCUGUGGCAAUUUGGACUUAAAAAAGAAGAAUCAGUCAGAUGAAGGAGAAGAUUUCUGCAAAAGUGCAGAUGAAACUCCUGAGAAAGAACAGCAUACAGAUAAAGCAAAUACUGAUAUCUCUUCAAAAGAGAACACUGAGGAAAACUCUGUUGAUUCUGAGCCUAUAGCAAGAGUUGUGAAACGCAAAAAAGGUUGGCCAAAAGGAGUGAAGCGUGGUCCAGCUAAAUGGAGACGUAAAGCUGAAAAUAAAACUGGCUUUAAACUCAACCUGUAUACACCACCAGAAACUCCCCUGGAGCCUGAGCAACCUGUCGCAGCAGAGGAGAAGCACAUAGUCUCUGAACAGAACGCUGUUGGUGAGAAGCAUGGUGACGAAGCCCCUUCAAUAACAAAGGAAGAUGAACUUGAAAAUGAGCAAAAGCCAGAAUCUUCAGUUAAAUCUACUUGCCCAUUGAGUCAGGGAAAGGAACCUAUGGAAGAACCAGCUAAAACAGAGCACGAGUUUACUGGUAGAGUUGCUGAAGAUGAAACUCAUAAUCCUGAGCAAGAGGAAGAUGACGAGGAGGAGGAGACAAAUCAGAAUGAAGAUCAUGAUGCAGAUGAUGAAGAUGACAGUCACAUGGAGUGUAUCGCAGCAGUGAAAGAAAACCCAGAGGAAGAAUCACCAAACCAGGAGCCAUUCUUAGAGUUAAAUAUUCCAAGCAAUUAUACAGAGCAGAAAGAUGAAAUGGAUCAAAGUGCUCAGCCUGUGCCAGAUUCUGAUGAAGAUCAAAACAAUGAUCAUGAAGAGAUCUCAGAGCACACACCAGAUUCAGACGAAGAUCAUGCCAACAACCAGGAUAGUAAGGAUAAUGGAAAGCAGACCCCAGAAUAUAGAGAGGAAAAUAUAAAUGCAGAGCCUGACACAGAAACAGUGCAAGCUGUUCAAUCAUUGACACAAGAAAAUGGUGAACAAGAAAACAGUGAGCAAAUAAAUACCUACCAAGACUGUGCAGAGACCAUGGAGGCCUGUAGGAACCUGCAGAGUUACUCUCAUACAGAGCAGAGUCCACAAGUGACCACGAUGGAUGACAGCCAUCAGUCAGACCACAGCAGUCCUCUUUCAUCUGUUCAUUCAAAUCCCAGCCAGUCUGUUCGUUCUGUGAGCAGCCCUAGUGUGCCUCCCAUUGACAACACCUACACUCAGAUCAGCCCUGAUCAGAGUGCUAUUUCUGCACCACCUUUACAGAACAUAGAAACCAGCCCAAUAAUGGAUGUCCCUUCAGUUUCUGACCAUUCACAACAGGUUGUGGACAGUGGCUUCAGUGAUCUAGGCAGUAUUGAGAGCACAACUGAAAACUAUGAGAAUCCAAGCAGCUAUGACUCGUCCAUGGGAAACAGCAUUUGUGGCAACAAUACGACGCAGAAUAGUUGCUCGUACAGUAACAUAUCUUCCAGUAGCCUUACUCAGAGUAGUUGUGCAGUUACUCAGCAGAUGACUAACAUCAAUGGUAGUUGUAGUAUGAUGCAGCAAAACAGCAUCAACUCUCCACCAAACUGCAGCGUUAAAUCUCCCCAGAAUUGUAUAAUUGAAAGAUCUCCAAGUAACAAUCAACCACAGCAGUUGGCACAGUGCAGCAUGACUGCCAGUUUUGCACAAGCAAUACAAAUGACAGACAUUGCCGAAACAGGAAGCUCAACCAUCAGCAUCUAUGAAAGAAUGGGCCAGGGUGAUUUUGGAACUGGGGGCUAUCCACAGCCAUCUGCCAAUUUUAGCCUGGCCAAAUUACAACAGCUAACUAAUACAAUCAUGGACCAUCCAUUGCCUUAUAACCAUUCAGCUGCCGUUACUUCCUAUGCAACUAGUGUCUCUCUGUCCACCCCACACUCUGGCCUUGUCCAGCUUCCACAGUCACCUCAUUCCUUAUCUGGGGGAGCCCAAGCACAACCUACAAUGACCCCCCCACCAAAUCUCACCCCACCACCAAUGAAUCUGGCAUCACCACUUCUACAGCGCAAUAUGGCAGCCCCAAACAUUGGAAUCCCUCACACCCAAAGAUUGCCAACACAAAUGUCAACAAAAGGCCAUGUUGCCAUACGCUCCAAGUCAGUGCCCAUCUCACCUGCGGCUGCACACCAGCAGCAGAUCUAUGGCCGCGCCACAUCAGCAGUGGCCAUGCAGCCAGCACCACGGUCUCUGAGCAUGCAGCGUGGCAUGAACAUGGGCCUCAUGUCAGCACCACCUUACAAUGUCAAUUCCAUGAAUAUGAAUGCAUUGAAUGCUAUGAAUGGCUACAGGAUGACUCAGUCCAUGAUGAACAGUGGUUACCAUGGAAAUCCAGCUUACAUGAAUCAAACUGCCCAAUACCCCAUGCAGAUGCAAAUGAGCAUGAUGGGAAGUCAGCCAUACACCCAACAAUCAAUGCAAAGUACUCCACAUGGCAACGUGAUGUACACACCACCAGCUCAUUAUAGUCACAUGAACACUGGCAUGACUAAACAGCCUUUGAAUGGCUCCUAUAUGAGGAGGUAGAUUUGGCUGAGAUAAGGUAAUAAAAGGGAGAUCUGCAUAGCUGGAAGCAAAUCCAACAUAUAAGUAACUCUGUGUAAGGUGAUCUACUUUGAAGACCAGCUAUUUUGCUGAACUGUCAUGAUAAAAUAAUUUUGAAGAAAUUAUUAAUGGCACUUUGUGUUCAAUCUGUUGACAGAAGGAAGCCUUAUUUAUUUUUUAAGUCAAGUUGGGUAGGAGUUGUUUUCAUCUAGGCAUAUUCGUAUUUUUCCUUUGUGUUUGGCUUGGACAGACUACGUCUUCAAAACAGGUAUGGAAACCGAAGCAGCACGCUGUGUGUUAGAAACUUUCAAUGUGCCUAUUUGCCCUUGGAGAGGAUUUGGCCAGUUGAGAAGAAAAAAGCCCUCAGAGAAGACAACUUAACCACACCUGAGGCUGUAUAUGGGAUGUCUUUGUUCCUUGGACUUCUGUUAUACAGUACAAGUAUAUUUGAUUUUUGUGAAGCUGAUGGCCUAAUUCAGCAUGCAACAGAACAUCAUUGAAAGAAUUUGUUUGUGACAGUGUGUCCUUUAGUAAAACAGGAAUGUGUUGUGUUUAACAGCAAGCCAUUUGUUAUGUUUUGCCUUUAUUAGGUUUUACUAGCUUUGAAGUAAAAUGAAAACUAUAUUUUUGUUAAUUCUGAGACUGUAAAAAAAAUGUAAAAGCUAGACCUUGAGUUCAUUUGGCAGUUUUGAAGAGGUUACUUGCAAAAAUGUUUAGUGUAUAAUUGAAAUAUUUCUUUUUAUACCUAAUUUCUUUCUUCAGUGAGGCAGCUUUCUGUUUUUUAAAUGAUUGCGAAGUAUUCUGUUUGACAAAUGAACACACAAAUUCUGUUAACAGCAUAUCUGAAUAUUUGUACAUGUCAGUUUCGGAUAAGGCAAAGCUUUUUCACUCAGCAGCAAAACUAUUGUCUGAGUAACUGUUCAGAGAUGUGUUGCCCAAUGAUGAACAUCUUUAACUAUUCAUUGGCAUUCCAUCAGUAGAUUUUUCUAUCUUUAGAGAAUAUUGAAGUUCUAUUUUAAAAAAACUUAGAUCCGUAGUGUGUGAAUAGACCAACAUAUGCUUACAAAACGCAUGUAAAAAGCAAAAGUAUUUGUGUCUGUUUAUAUUGCUUACUUUUUGUAGCCUUUGUACUUGUACAUGGUGACUGUAAGGAUUGAGAGGAAAAAGCUGGAUACAUGUAUAAAAAUAGGACACAGACAAGUGAGAUGCACUUGUAUUUAUCAAUUAUCCUUCUAGCCAGUCACUUCAAAGGAUGCUGUACAUUUUAACAUGGAAUAAAUUAUGUUGACCCAU